GAACUUCAGCGAGAUAUGCAAUUUAUUCUCGCGCUGCAUAAUGCUACUCUCGACGACGGUGCUGGACUUAUCGGAGAUGCAUUGGAGCGUUUGCGAAACCCACCACAAGCACAAGCACGGCUAGAUGAUUCUGACAUUGAACAUGGAAUUUCGCUUUUCCUCGCUCUCGAGCAUGCGUCCGAGAGUGCUUUCAACAAGUCUCGCGCUGCCGCACUUCACCGUCACCCUGAGGACAAUAUCCCGAGCCUCCAUCAAGUCAAA